AUGGAAUAUCCUGUCGGAGGAGAAUCUUCCACAUGCUCUUUUACUUGUGAUUCAACUCCAGAAUGGGAAUAUGACGUUUUCUUGACGUUUACAGGCCACUUGGAUUAUGCUUUUAAUAGAAGUGGGAUCAAAACAUUUAGGGACGAUGUAGAUCUUGAGAGAGGAGGAGUUAUAAAAGAUGAUAUCUUUCAAGCAAUUGAGGAUUCUUUCUGUGCAGUUCUUGUUAUGUCUGAAAAUUAUGCAAUUUCGACAUGGUGUUUGGAUGAGCUCCAAAAGAUUCUUGAAUGUAGGAAUAAAUUGGGUCGACGUGUUUUUCCCAUCUUCUAUGAUGUUGAUCCGGCCGAUGUGAGACACCAACGAAGUAGUUUUUGGAAAAGCCUUGGCUGA